AUGGAGACGCUGUUAGAAGGUCAGUCUAUGCGGUUCCGAGUCAUCGAACGCGCAUUAGACAACUUCAAAAAGCUGGGCAGAAAGAAUCUGACCGCAGCGAAGAUCCGCAAUCGAAUCCAGACGUUGAAGGAGGACUGGGAAGAGGCGAAGGGUGGACAUCGUGCUCUCCUGGCUGCUGUCCCCGUCGCAGAGCGCCCCGGUUACGAGUACUUCCAGAGCCUGAGGUUCGAAGCCACCCAGGAGAUGUAUCAAACCGCAUCCGAUCACAUGGCCGAGUGCCUUGAAGAACUGGAGCCGUACGUACCCCCGAAUCAAUCGUUCAGUUUCGGACAGCAGUCCCCGGGAUUUUCGUCCGCCUAUUCGAUCUCGCAUUUACCGCCGAUGAAACUUCCUCCGUUCGACGGGAAGUAUGAGGAAUGGGAGAGUUUCCGCGAUCGAUUCACGUCUCUUAUUCUAAAUAAUAAAGAUUUGUCGAAUUUUACGCGAAUGCAUUACUUAAUUUCAUGUCUAACAGACCGCGCUCUUGAUUGCGUAAAAGACAUACGAGUCACCGCCGAUAAUUUCGAUAUCGCGUGGGACACUCUAAACACGCGCUUUGAGAACAAACGCCGCCUGAUAAACGUGCAUAUGACUGCGUUGCUCAAUUUGCCCGCUGUCGCAAAAGAAUCCGCGAUCGAGCUACAGUCCCUCUCUGACCGCAUUCACACCGCCGUCGCGGCUCUUAACAAAUUAAAUCGUACUCCUGAGGAGCUUUGGAGCGACAUGUUAGUGAGUCUCGGGACGCAGAAACUCGACGCGGUUACAAAAAAGGCAUGGAAUCUCAAGUAUAGCGAGGACCGGAAUCCUCCCUCUUACGAAGCGUUUAAUAAAUUUCUAGAGAAUCGAAUUCGCGCUCUAGAAGAAUGGAAACUCUCCCCUUCGCCCUCCGAUAAAACGAAAAUUGCAAAUCCGCAUAAAGUCAGUAGCGCGAACGUAUGCGCGAAGGCCGUAUCGCAGUGUUCGCUCUGCAAAGCUAAACAUGCGUUCAGCGCCUGUCCGCAAUUCGCGGGGAAGAGUCCGAGUCAACGACGUGAAAUCGUUCAACGGGAACGACGUUGCUUUAAUUGCCUGAGCCAACAUCACGCCGUCAAGGCAUGCUCGAGCAAAUUCCUCUGCCGCAUGUGUCAAAACCCACAUCAUACGAUGCUUCAUGUUGACUCCGACUCUCCCCCGAAAACCGAGGCAAUAACUCCGGCGAACGACCCACCGAGGGCCGUCGACGCAACAACAAGCGAAGUAAACUCACUGUUAGCGUCUUCACAGACUCCUUCGCGUUCUUAUGUUUUGCUCGCAACGGCUUGGGUCACCGUAAGCUCGCCGCUCGGUAGAUCUGUUAUUGUUCGAGCUUUGCUCGAUCAAGGUUCCGAGAUGAGCUUCAUCACAGAACAACUCGCGCAGUGUCUCAGGCUGAAACGCGUUCGAAUGCCGACCUCGGUUUCGGCUGUCGGCGGUGUACACGCCGGAACAUAUCAACACGCGGCUCAAAUAAAUAUUUCGCCGAGAAACAAACAGACUCCGGCAUUCUCUACUCACGCGUUAAUUUUGAAAUCGUUAACGUCAUACGCGCCAAAGCGUAUGACAACGGAGCAUACUUUAGCUCACCUAGCAGAUCUCCCAUGGGCUGACCACGACCCCAUGAGCGCAGAUCCCAUCAAUAUAAUAGUCGGUGCAGAUCUUUACGGCGUCCUUAUAGUUGACGGACUUCGCAAGGGAGCGGUCGGACAGCCGAUCGCUCAAAACUCAGUGCUAGGAUGGGUGAUCUCAGGGCCCAUCCCACCUUCAAAGGUGGAGUCGCAUAUUACGUCGGUCGCAUCAUCGGAACAACCGCCCCUCCGGGUGAGCGCACAUCACUGCCUUAAUCUGUCCCUCGAUCAAGAGCUUAGAAAAUUCUGGGAGGUCGAGGAACUUCCGCAUAAGACACAUCUUAACCCGGAAGACGAGCAAUGUGAGGAGCAUUUUCGCCGCACCCACUCACGUUGUCCCGAUGGCAGAUACAUGGUCCGUCUUCCGUUUAGGGCCGGUCCCCCUAUCGAAAUAGGGCGUUCUCGAGGUGUCGCCGAGCACCAUCUCAAAGGCUUAGCUCGAAGAUUAGAUGCUCAUCCGGAGCAGAAACGGGAGUAUUCCGAAUUUUUACGCGAUUACGAAACCCUCGGGCAUAUGAUCGAGGUGCCCGCUUCAGAUGACGCGGACGAGCAACGCGUUUACAUUCCGCAUCACGCGGUCAUGCGCGAAAGUAGUGCCACGAGUCAUCUGCGCGUCGUCUUCAACGCGUCUUGCGCAACGUCAAACGGGUCCUCGUUAAACGACCAUCUCCUGGUCGGACCCAAACUUCAACCUGAUCUAUCGGUUAUCAUCCUGCGAUGGCGACUAUUCAAGUACGUGUACACGGCCGACAUGACUAAAAUGUAUAGGCAAAUUCGUGUCGACCCGCGUGAUGUAACGUAUCAACGCAUUCUUUGGCGCGAACGUCCUACUGAUCCGCUUCGCGAAUACAUCCUUCUCACCGUCACAUAUGGCACCGCGGCCGCUCCGUACUUAGCGCUUCGCGUACUCGAUCAGUUGGUAAACGACGAAGGACAGGCAUUUCCCUUAGCUGUUCUCAUACUCCAGAAAGGGAAAUAUAUCGACGAAACUCUCUUCGGCGCGCAUCGCCUCGAGGACCUCCGUAUCGCCCGCGAUCAACUCAUCGCCCUCCUACGGAAAGGUGGCUUUGAGUUAAGGAAAUGGGCCAGUAAUAAUUCGGAGCUUUUGUCGGACAUUGAUCCCGCGAAUCACGGACUCGCGUGCAACAAAAUUUUGAAAACAGAUGAAAGUUUGAAAAUCCUCGGGUGGCGUCUUAAGUUCGAGUGGGACGACACGCUCCCUCAUGACAUAUUGCGCGAGUGGAAACCGAUUUACAAUCAAUUAUCCGCGCUCAACGAGCUCCACUUGCCGCGGUGGACCGGUCAAGAGUCGGACUCUGAUCGUUGCGAACUGCACGGCUUCGCCGAUGCGUCCAACGUCGCAGGAUUGCCGGAGUCAAUGCAUUCCGAUAACGGAACUACGUUUGUCGGAGCCGACAAGGAACUAGUCAAGGCAUACCGAGCGGCAGUAAACGAUCCCAAUUUCUUAAAUGCCAUCGCCUCCGAUAAUGUACAAUGGCACUUCCUCCCCCCGUCCGCACCGCAUUUCGGCGGUCUCUGGGAGGCCGGCGUACGCAGCGUAAAGUACCAUCUUCGCCGAGUUCUUAAGAAUCACACGCUAACAUUCGAAGAGCUUACGACUCUGCUAUGCCGGAUCGAAGCCUGCUUAAAUUCGCGUCCUCUCGCACCGUUAAGUGAUACGUUAGACGAUUAUGAAGUACUGACCCCCGGUCAUUUCUUAAUCGGGUCCGCGCUCACAGUCAAUCCGGAACCCUCGUUAUUAAACGUCAACGAGAAUCGCUUGUCACGCUGGCAAAUCAUCCGUCACAUCACCGAGCGGUUUUGGCGGCUGUGGCAGACGGAAUACGUUAGCACCUUGCAGCAACGCGUCAAAUGGCGAAGAUUACAAGCGCCAGUGAAGAUCGGGCAACUCGUCUUGUUACGAAAUGCCACUUUACCUCCCU